UGUGUCUUUCUCUGUCAAAUAAAUAAAAUCUUUGACAAAAAUAAAUAAAUAGUACUUAUGUGGCAGCCCAUUGUAGAAAUCCAUAAAUCCACGUAUCGGAGUGAAAGAUGUUUUUCUUCCAUAGUUACUCUGUUGUAGUUUUUCUGUUUUAAUUUUCACCUGCAAUCAGAGCAUUUUAAUUCUCUAUAUUGCUCUUGCAAUUUAUUGUUCUUUAUUUACAUAGUUGUAAACGUAUGUGGCAGUGUUCAGAUCUCAUUCAGUUUUAAUCAGCCUCUGAGUUUUUAAACUCCUGGAAACUUUUUCAGAUAGUUAUACUAGGUAGGUGCUGAACACCUCAACAUACUCAGAAUUCUGUCUAUUCAGAAAUUCUCUAAAUCAUGCUGCUGACCAUGUGACUCCUUUUAUUUCCCCUGCAACAAAAUAAUCUGAAGGUAGUUUUCUAUCCUAUCUUUGGCCAAACUUUUCUUUAGGAAAAUUUUUAUUGUUAAAGUGCAGCUGGCCGUGCAAUGUUAUCUUAGUUUCAGGCUUGAGGGUUCUCCGUGUUCUGCUCCGGGAUACAGAUAGGAAAUGUUUUCGGCUUUGCAAACCGCAUAUGGUUUCUGUUGCAUUUUGUUUCUUUUUUUCUUUUCUAGCCCUUUAAAAAUGUAAAACUCAUUUCUAGUUUGUGGGCCAUACAAAAACAGGCACCCACAGACUGUACCGUUUGCCGAUCCCGUUUCUAGCAGAAGAGACUUCACUAGAAUAAGCGUACGGUGGGGCGCCUGGCCGGCUUUGUCGUCCCAGGACCCGCCCCCCACGAUGGAGCUGGCUGUGGCCGUCCUGAGGGACCUGCUCCGCUACGCGGCCCAGCUGCCCACGCUCUUCCGGGACAUCUCCAUGAACCACCUCCCCGGCCUCCUCACCUCCCUGCUGGGCCUCAGGCCGGAGUGUGAGCUCUCAGCGCUGGAGGGAAUGAAGGCCUGCAUGACCUACUUUCCUCGGGCCUGUGGGUCUCUCAAAGGCAAGCUGGCCUCGUUUUUCCUGUCCCGGGUGGAUGCCCUGAGCCCUCAGCUCCAGCAGCUGGCCUGUGAGUGUUACUCCCGGCUGCCGUCGCUGGGGGCCGGCUUCUCCCAGGGCCUGAAGCACACGGAGAGCUGGCAGCAGGAGUUGCGUAGUCUCCUGGCCUCCCUGCACAGCCUGCUGGGGGCCCUGUACGAGGGCGCAGAGACGGCCCCCGUGCAGUAUGAGGGCCCCGGGGUGGAGGUGCUGCUCACGCCCGCGGAGGACGGGGACGCGCACGCCCUCCUCCGGCUCCGACAGCGCUUCUGUGGACUGGCCCGCUGUCUGGGGCUCAUGCUCAGCUCUGAGUUUGGGGCUCCCGUGUCCGUCCCUGUGCAGGAAAUCCUGGACGUCAUCUGCCGGACGCUCAGCAUCAGCGCGAAGAACAUCAGCUUGCUUGGAGACGGUCCCCUGCGGCUGCUACUUCUCCCCUCCAUCCACCUGGACGCCUUGGACCUGCUCUCCGCACUCAUCCUCGCGUGUGGAGGCCGCCUCUUGCGCUUCGGGGGCCUGGUUAGCCGCCUGCUUCCCCAGGUCCUCAAUGCCUGGAACAUGGGUAGGGAUACCCUCUCUCCAGGCCAGGAGAGGCCUUACAGCACCGUGCGGACCAAGGUGUACGCCGUGCUGGAGCUGUGGGUGCAGGUGUGUGGGGCCUCGGCGGGAGUGCUGCAGGGGGGCGCCUCGGGAGAGGCCCUGCUCUCCCACCUGCUCAGUGACAUCGCCCCGCCGGCGGACGCUCUGAAGCUGCGCAGCCCGCGGGGGAGCCCGGACGGGGGGCUGCAGAGCGGGAAGCCCAGCGCUCCCAAGAAGCUGAAGCUGGAUCUGGGGGAGGCCAUGGCCCCGCCCAGCCACCGGAAGGGGGACAGCAACGCCAACAGUGACGUGUGCGCGGCCGCGCUGAGAGGCCUCAGCCGGACCGUCCUCAUGUGCGGGCCCCUCAUCAAGGAGGAGACUCACAGGAGACUGCACGACCUGGUCGUGCCCCUGGUCAUGGGGCUGCAGCGGGGCGAGACCCUGGGCAGCUCCCCGUACACCAGCUCCCGCUGCCGCCGGGAGCUGUACCGCCUGCUGCUGGCCCUGCUGCUGGCGCCCUCCCCCCGCUGCCCGCCCCCGCUCGCCUGCGCCCUGCACGCCUUCUCCCUCGGCCAGCGGGAGGACAGCCUCGAGGUGUCGUCCUUCUGCUCGGAAGCACUGGUGGUCUGCGCUGCCCUGACCCACCCCCGGGUUCCUCCCCUGCAGCCCGCCGGCCCCCCCUGCCCCACGCCUGCCCCCGUCCCCCCUCCUGAGGCCCCGUCUCCAUUCAGGGCCCCCCCCUUCCAUCCCCCGGCGGGCCCCCUGCCCCCGGCGCGGCCCGGACCUCCAGCCACAGCCAACCACUUAGGCCUCUCUGUGCCAGGCCUGGUGUCCGUACCCCCCCGGCUCCUUCCCGGCCCUGAGAACCACCGGGCAGGCUCAAAUGAGGACCCCGUCCUCGCCCCUAGUGGCACCCCUCCGCCCGCUCUGCCCCCGGAUGAAACUUUUGGGGGCAGAGUGCCCAGACCGGCCUUCGUCCACUACGAUAAGGAGGAGGCGUCCGACGUGGAGAUCUCCUUGGAGAGCGACUCAGAUGACAGUGUGGUGAUCGUGCCCGAGGGGCUCCCGCCCCUGCCGCCCCCGCCUCCCUCGGGCACCACACCCCCACCUGUGGCUCCAGCCGGGCCACCCACGGCCUCCCCUCCUGUGCCAGCCAAGGAGGAGCCCGAAGAGCUUCCCGCGGCCCCGGGGCCUCUCCCACCCCCGCCGCCCCCCCCUGUGCCGGGCCCCGUGGCGCUGCCACCCCCCCAGCUGGUCCCUGAAGGGACUCCUGGGGGCGGAGGCCCGCCCACCCUGGAGGAAGACCUGACGGUUAUUAACAUCAACAGCAGUGAUGAGGAGGAGGAGGAAGAGGAGGAGGAAGAAGAGGAGGAAGAGGAGGAGGAGGAGGAGGAGGAAGAUUUUGAAGAAGAAGAGGAGGAUGAAGAGGAGUAUUUUGAGGAGGAAGAAGAGGAGGAAGAGUUUGAGGAGGAGUUUGAGGAAGAGGAAGGGGAGCUGGAGGAGGAGGAGGAGGAGGAGGAUGAGGAGGACGAGGAGGAGUUGGAAGAGCUGGAGGAGGCCGAGUUCGGCCCGGCAGGAGGGCCGGCAGAAGAAGGGGGGCCUGCGCCCCCGAGCCCGGCCCCGGCUCUGCCCCCUGCCCAGUCCCCGACGGUGCAGCCCGAGCCCGAAGGGGAGCCCGGGCUGCUGCUGGAGGUGGAGGAGCCGGGGGCCGAGGAGGAGCCGGGGGCCCAGGCCGCCCCCACGCUGGCCCCCGAGGUGCUGCCCUCCCAGGGGGAGGGGCCGCGGGCUACAGGGAGCCCCCCAGCCGGGCCACCCCCCCAGGAGCUUGUGGAGGAGGAGCCCUUGGCUCCCCCGACCCUGCUGGAGGAGGGGACUGAGAGUGGGGGUGACAGGGUGCCGCCCCUCCCAGAGACACCUGCUGCAGAAGACGGGGAGGCCGAGGCGGAGGCCGAGUCAGCAGCCCUCCAGGAGAAGGAGCAGGAUGACACGGCUGCUAUGCUGGCUGACUUCAUCGAUUGUCCCCCUGAUGAUGAGAAGCCACCACCGGCCCCAGAGCCUGAUUCCUAGUCCUCUCUUGCACUCCCCCAGCCCCCUGCUUUCCAAUAAAGUUAUGUCCUGGGAUAUCA